CUGUCGGCCCUACACCCAAGGUUCAACAAACCAUUAUUCCGCCUUAUUCUUACCCUUACGCGUGGACUCCUGUAAUCAUGUCAGUGGGUCACCCAGAUACGAAGACGAGGAGCAACCAGCUCCGACAAGAAUUGAAAGACUGGGAAAAGCACUUUGCAGCAGCCAAUGCAGGCCGGAAAGCUAGCAGAGAUGAUAUCAAAGGCUGCCCUGACAUUGCGGCGAAAUACAAAGAGUAUAACAAACUCAGAGACAUCCUCUCUGGCAAGCCUGUUCUGCCACAAUCGCCUGUAGCUCCGAACAAACGCAAGUCAGUCGACAACAGCGUUGUAACCCCAUCGAAACGCCGUGCUAUACCCGCGACCCCAUCGAGAGACCGUAGAUUCAAUGUUGGGACUCCAUCGAAAGUCACUAAACUCAAUCUCACCGGCACGCCGUCAAUGAAGCUGGCCACACCGUCGAUCUCGCGGGUCAUAAUCGGGCCAACUCCACAGAGGAAUGGAGUUGCGAUCGGACUAUUUGACAUGCUGACAUCGGCAUCACCCCCGAAGGCUGAACGUACCGUGUUUGAAGAACUUCAGGUCAAUGUGCCUCAGACCCCGAGCCGAAAGCAACAUACCUUCCAAGAUGAGCCGUGUUCGAUUGGGAGAUAUAAAGGCAGUAGGACCCCCAUGUCUGACGGUAAAAAGUUCUUUUUCGACAAGUACAUCGCAACGCCGAUGAAAAGGAAGAGAGAGGAAGAUAUUGAAGAGACGUCUGAGCAUCACUCGACUCCCACAUUCUUGCGCCGCAACACCUCUUUCAACGCAAUACCAGAAGAGGAAGAGGAUACAUCUCCGCGAAAUGCGCCCUGGAAGAAGACUGGACUGGUCAGGAGUCUCAGCAGUAUGAUUAGAGGACUAAAAGAACGCAAAGAAGAGGAUAGAAGGCAAGAGCACCAAAGAGAGGAGGACCGACUUGACCAAGAGCUGGAGCUGUUAAGAGAGAUGGAAGCCGAGGAGGCUGGUGUCGAGUAUAGACCCUUGAAGAAGCCAAAGGUCCUUGUCCAAGACAGUCAGGCUACCGAGAUGCCCCUGGGACCGGAUCAACCUACUGAUUCGGAGGAAGACGAUAAUUUGGAGCGGCAACCCCUCAGGAUAUGGAAGAAGAAAGGCCAAAAGAGACAAACGAGACGAGUCAACAUGCGGCCAAAUCGUCUGAAGCCGUCUGCGGCCCCUGAAAUCGAUCAAGAAUCCUCGGACGACGAAGCAGCUGUUCCCGACACCCAACCCGGUGGGGGACUGCCUGAUCCCCCCAUUGAUCAUGUAACACCGGAAGAUGGAACCAAGGUCACAGAAGUGAAGGAAAAUGCAGGAAAGAAGGUACUUCGAAAGGUAACAGAACAUGUCCACGCAAAUUAUCGGCGACUCAAGAUCAAGAGUAAAAAUACCAAAGGGAAGGGGAAAGGUAGCUUCGGUCGUGGUAGACGAUAGCUACUGUUCUCACGAUAAACAUGUCUAUCUGAUAUCCAAACCUAUUUGCUUUAGGGACCAACAGACUGUACCCAUUCUAGUAAACUAAUAGGCUGUUCUCCCUCGAUCCAUGGAUCGCGGGUGUAUAAGUG